AUGGCAGUCGACGCGUUCAACCUGCUACCCAGGCAUGGUCAUGACACGCCGUACCAGGCGGCGCAUCGCAGUGAUUACGAAGCCGACCUCGCUGACGACGUUACACACCGUGACCGUCUGCCUGUCCCACUGGGAGAGGAGUCGGACGAGACCGAGUGGACCAAAAUCGAUUAUGCUCGGCUCUCGGCCCAACUCAAACGAGUGUACUCGCUCAACCGCUUUCGUCCGGCCAAUGUAUUUGGUUGCUUCGUAGUAUUCAUCGCUCUGUGCUUCGGAUUAGGGGCUCUGGUCGGCGCCAUCGCCGGGACAGUAUACUACCGCUCGAUCGUCGCGCGGGUGCCGACCUACUCGGCCAAGGCGGCCGGCAAAUCGACUCCGAUCGAUCAGCGUGUGGUCAGCAUGUUCGGACCUGCAUCGACCGGCGGGCUCGACCGUUUUGACUUAGGUGUCAUGCUAUGGCAUCGCAAAGGGGUCCGGGAACCACAGCCGCGUCGAAUAAUGGGAUACAUAGGGCGACUCGAUGAAGACGAGAGACCGCCUCUGUGGCUCUUCGACGACAUGUCGCGAGCAUUCGGCGAGUUGGGCUACGCUCGCCAGGCAAACUCGACCGUUCCUCUCAAUGUGUGGAAGCCAAUUUUUCAGCGGCGUGUCAUGAAGGACGCCAGUAUCGCUAUGACCCACGCAACUACCGUCCCCAUCACGAUCCCGGCAUCUGUGGCCACCGACCUCGCCAAGAACCUCUACUCGGAGCUGGUGGCUACAUUUGUCAUGCUUUCACCCUCGGCAAACGCCGCGUCUCUCAAGGCCACCGCCGACAGUAUGUUCCAAACGUCUCGUCCGGAAGAGAACUACGGGUCCAACCACUCAUGGCCCUUGUCUUGGAUUAACCCUGACGACCCCGAGAUGAGGCCUUUGGAUCUCUUCUAUGCGCACACUGGCGCUGGGUACAGCCUCAAGCAGCUCAAUUGGGACAUGUGGAGCCAAAAUCCUUCGGCAGAGCACAGUGGACCGCCCCCGGUCAAGCUUGAGCUUUCUACUAGCACGAUGUUGACGAUGGCCAACGACUUCACCACCUACGAGCUGGAAGGAUUCCGGAAAGCGAUGCGGCAACUCACAGAGUUCAAAGCAGGUCAUCUUUUCCCCGAGAUCAUGGACCAGGCUGCCGACACUAACAUUUCUUUCUGCCCUCCCUUUUGCAGCAAGAAUGCCUCGCGCAAGAGUGGUGGAGGCCAGAUUGUGCUCGAGCGUUCAAACGUGAUGGUCACUUUGAGAACAUGAUCAAGCUCGACUCCUCGAAAGACACACCCUGGCGCUACGGUCCUUUCAUGACCACCCGUUUUAGCGCCAUGUCACCAAAGGACCACAAGGUCACGCUACCGCUUUUAGAUGCCAAGUCCAAAGACGUAGCUCAAGGUCAGCCACUGUUCAGCACUCAGCACUCAGAUUGAAUUAGAUUAUUUGACUAAAUUGACUCCCGUCCCUCGGUCUGGAGUAGACUUCAAAUUCGACUGGCGUGUGGGAUGGUCGCCGUUGUCACCUUCAAAGAUGGCGAUCGCUGCGCUCGCGCUGCCCGAAUGGAGCACGAAGGCUACGGAUCCCUUCGGAUACAAACCCCACGAGCAAGACUACCUCGAAGUUUUCCGUAAGCUGUUAUCAGGUUUCAAGUUUGUGCACGCUCUUCGCUGGGUCGCUGAAGAGGGUAUUCGGUGCCCAGAUAACUUUGUGGGGCAUAACUUUAACCCUCGAGCACAUCCCAUCGCUCGCACCGCUGUCGGUUUUCUGGCAGUACUCCUGCAGUACCUAACUAUACCGUAGGCUGUUAACGAGUCAAUUUGAUCAUUGCAUUGUCUCUCGUCACUGACCUCAAUCUGCCUUUCUCCUGUUCAGGCUAAUCCUGCACUACUGGUUUGUGCGCUCCCACGCGGGCGGCACGUCCAUGGCGAUGUUCGUCCUUUCAUACGGCAAUCUCGCCUGGAUGAUCAUCCAAACGGUCUACGAAUGGUGGGAGAGUAGUCUCGUUUGGUUCAUUGUCAAAAUUGUCGUCCAUGCUUUGUUGCUCUUUAAGCAGCUCACUUUAGUCGCGCACAUCGAGGUCCGGUUCGAAAAAUUCAUCCCUACCGCAGUCCGGAUUCGGAAACCAACUCAUCUGGAACGAGAAACGACCAGAGUGGACAAUGAACUGUCGUGGAUUCUGAAAGUCAUGGUGAGUAAUCCGACGAAAUCUGCUGUCCGUGUGUCCAACCUGACUGAUCCUCUCCUGAUCCAAUCAAUGUGCGCACAGCUUUUCGCAGUAUGCUUCUCCUUCCUGCACUUUGGCGAUAGGCUUCCACGAGUCGUCGAGUCGCCUUUGUACGAGAUGAUCAAGGACCUACCUGCAUGGAGCAGGCGUGAGAAAGGGAUCACCCAAGCCCUCUUGAUUGGAGGGUCGGUGCAGUCUAGUCUUUGGUUCCUCGCUUGCAUCUGCCAGGUGGGUUCGCGCUUCCUGCCAACAAAACCCACCCGGGCGUCCCGUCACUGAUGAACCUGCAUGCAUUCACCAAAACUCGCUCUAGAUCCGGCUCAACCACAAACUCCGCACCUACGGCGCCGAAUAUCGCACCACAGCUUUCCUGUCCGCAGCCGCAAUGAUCUUGUCUCGUCUAUCAUCCCUCUUCAUAGGAUGGUUCGGGCCCGCAGCCGCAACGUCGCAUUUCACCUUGUGGGACAUCAUUUCAAUUUUUGUCAUUUGUUUCUUGGCGGUACAAGCGUCGGCAUUUCCUGGGGUUCCGGGGAAGCGCAGCUGA